CGAAUACUUAUUUAUGGAUCGCUAAACCCUACCCCUCUCUCUCUCACGCGCUGUCUAUUGGAACAAAGCUACGCUGUGUCUCUCUUCCCGACGAGUGGAAAAAUUCCUUUUUCGCCUCUCCGUCGUCAAACUCUAAGGGAAAGGAGCCGCUUUCCUUAAGCGUUUUGUUCCCUCCUAUUCCCUCUAAAGCCGACAGCAAGGAAGGGUUUUCCCGAUCGUCUCUCCGUUCCCCUGGUCCUCCAUGGGGGGCUCUCGUACUCAGGUCAACAAGGCUCACAAGAGCCGCUUCGCCUCCAAAGCUUCUCGCCAGGUCCACAAGACCUCGCGCGCCGAUAAGAAUCGGAUUGCAAAGCCGGACCACCACCGGAACGCCGUGAAGGGCGCUCGCGCUGCUCGGAUCCAGCGGAGCAAAAUGAUCCGUGAUAAAAAACGAGCUUCUCUACUAAAGGAGAAAAGAACCUCAAGUGGACCAGCAAGUCCUCCUCGUGUUAUUGUUCUUUUUGGACUUUCUUCAUCGGCGAACUUAAAUUCACUUGCCAGAGAUCUUUGGUCAUUGUCCUCGGGAGAGGAUACAAAACCUAUUUCAAUCACUGUUGCUUCUCCUGUUUACAAACUUAGAACAACGGUAUUCGAAGCACCACAUGGAGAUCUAUUAACAUGCAUGGAAAUGGCAAAGGUUGCUGAUCUGAUAGCUUUUGUAGUAUCGGCAAACUCCUUUACCGAUGGAUGCGAAUCCAGUGGCUUAAUUGAUGCAUUUGGAAUUCAAUGCCUUUCUGUCCUCAGAGCCAUUGGUUUACCUAGUACUGCUGUCCUAAUUCAGGAUCUUCCCUUGGACAUGAAAAGGAAACAAGAAUUGAAGAAGAUGGCCGUUUCUUGUCUUUCUUCUGAGUUGCCUGAGGAUUGUAGGUUUUAUCCUGCAGAUACCAAGGAGGAUUUGCAUAAGUUCAUGUGGCUUUUCAAGGAGCAACACCUUUCAUCUCCUCAUUGGAGAAACCAGCGAUCUUACCUUAUGUCUCAAGAGGUUCAAUUGGAGCCUGAUUAUGGCAACCCUGGAAAAUGCACUUUGCUUCUUUCUGGCUAUGUACGUGCUCACAGUCUUUCUGCGAAUCAAGUGAUUCAUGUUGCAGGGGCAGGGGACUUUCAGUUAAGCAAGAUAGAUGUUCUUAAAGAUCCAUAUCCUCUUAAUGAACGGAAAGGUUGUAAUUCAAUGGAUUCAGAAGACGGACAUGGUAUACAGGUUAUCAACACGUUGCUUCCAGACCCCUUGAAUCAGGAAUCUUUGCUUGCUGAAAAUGUACCAGAUCCUUUGGCUGGGGAACAGACGUGGCCAACAGAAGCAGAAAUGGCCGAAGCUGAUGCAAACAAUAAAGAGAGAAAACUAAUCAGAAAGAAAAUCCCUCGGGGUACCUCAGACUACCAGGCUGCUUGGAUUGUGGAAGACACAGACAAUGAGGAUUCAGGAAGCAGUGAAGAAGAAGGUGAUGGGAUGGUGCUGGAUGGGCAGAAUGGGCAGAAAGAUAACUUAGUAGAGGAAAAAUAUGAUCGUUCAGAUAUAGAUGAGAAUUCAAAUUUUAUGGAAAAUUUUGAUGAAGCAACAGAGGCUGAUACUGAGAUGGCUGAUGAUGAGAACCUGACAAAGGAGCAGAUAGAGGCAGAGAUCAAGAAGAUUAAAGAUGCAAAUGCUGAAGAUGAAGAUUUUCCAGACGAAGUGGAUACACCAAUAGAUGUUCCAGCUAAAAGGCGAUUUGCUAAAUACAGAGGACUUAAGUCUUUUAGGACCUCUACAUGGGAUCCUAAAGAAUCUUUGCCACCAGAAUAUGCUAGAAUUUUUGCUUUUGAUAAUUUUACAAGAACACAAAAACAUGUCCUUGCAAAAGUUCUUGAUAUUGAUCCAGGGAGCAUGAAUGACCGUGCACCAGUAGGAACAUAUGUGAGACUCCAUGUAAAAGAUGUGCCUAUUGAUGUUGCCACUAAGUUAUGCCUCCUUUCAAAAAAGUUGCCUGUGGUUUCAAGUGGGCUUCUGCAACAUGAGAUGAAGAUGUCUGUCCUUCACUUCAGCAUAAAGAAGCAUGACUCAUAUGAUGCUCCUAUAAAAUCCAAAGAGAUGUUCAUUUUCCAUGUUGGGUUCCGCCAGUUCUUUGCAAGGCCAUUAUUUUCUUCUGAUAAUAUAAACUCUGAUAAGCAUAAGAUGGAAAGGUUUCUACACCCAGGACGCUUUUCCAUAGCUUCGGUUUAUGCUCCUAUAUGUUUUCCUCCGCUGCCUCUAAUUGUCCUGAAGAAUAGGCAUGGAGAGGCACCUUCUAUUGCCGCCACUGGUUCAUUAAGAAGUGUGGAGCCAGACAGGAUAAUUCUUAAAAAAAUUAUAUUAACCGGUUACCCCCAAAGAGUGUCAAAGAAGAAGGCCACUGUGCGUUUUAUGUUUCACAAUCCUGAUGAUGUCAGAUGGUUCAAGCCUGUAGAUGUCUGGACCAAAUGUGGUUGCCAUGGUCGGAUAAAGGAACCUGUUGGUACUCACGGAGCUAUGAAAUGCGUCUUUAAUGGUGUGAUUCAACAGCAUGACACUGUAUGCAUGAGCUUGUAUAAACGUGCAUAUCCUAAGUGGCCAGAACAACUUUUCCCGUUAUGAGACAGUACGGUGGCGUCCGUCACUCUCGCCUCUCACUGGGAAUGAAGCGUUGGUUCAGAUAUUAGCUUUUAUCCGAUGGUAGCAACUGCAACCUGGUCUUCUGUACAGAUACUUCUGAUGAUUUUUGUUUGAAAUUUGAUAUGAUGCUCGAAGAUUGUCGACCUCCUUUCGGCUAUGUGACUUUCUCAUCCGGUUUUGUGCCUUAAUAUCCGCCCAUGAUUUGUGAGAAGUAUAGCGAUCAUGAACUUGGCUACUUGGUGUUGGCAUUGGUGCUGAUGCUGAAAAUGUCAGAUGAUUUUUGUGUCAAACUCUCGUUACAUUCAUUAUAUUUAUCAAAUAUAUUUAUUUUUUGGCCGUAUUUUUGUA